AUGUCUGGACGUGGAAAGACCGGAGGCAAAGCCAGGGCUAAGGCCAAGACCCGCUCAUCUCGUGCUGGGCUGCAGUUUCCUGUCGGCCGUGUUCACAGGCUCCUGAGGAAGGGCAACUACGCUGAGCGCGUCGGCGCUGGAGCUCCCGUUUUCUUGGAGAACGUCAUCCGUGAUGCCGUCACUUACACCGAGCACGCCAAGAGGAAGACCGUGACCGCCAUGGAUGUGGUGUAUGCCCUGAAGAGGCAGGGCCGCACUCUUUACGGCUUCGGCGGUUAA